UUGUUUUGAUUUAGCUUCCGGGUUGGUGGUCCUGCCGCCAAAUUGAAAUGAGCAAUACUUUUUAGUUGGCAGAUUAGAAUGUGUCUUGUCUGCUAGUGAUCCGUCUCUUUUGUCUGGCUUUGGCAAAUACGUAGCCUACAGUCACAAUCUUGUUGCAGACGACAAAGGCGUCUUAACAAAGAGAUGCAGGCGAACAACCAUAGACAUAAUAAAGGGGCAGAGCCACUGCAUAACCAGAGAGACAGACAGAAAACAAAGAUCGAAGUAAACAGGAUGAGAGAUCGAAUGGACAAAGUAUCUCCCUUUGAUGGAGCGAUAGAUGAUGACCCUGAAAACACUCAACUUCUGCAGCUGAUGGCUCGACAUUCUCAACUUAAGGAUCUGCUUCAAGCUCAUCACCUCAUCGGUGGCUAUGAUGUCACACAGACUCGUAACGGUAAAGGAGUGUGUGUGUCACUAGCCACGUCCUACGAGGGGGUCUAUCUUGAGACGUACAACCUGGAUGUGGACCUCUCUGCAUCCAUGAAGAUUUGCCGUCACAACAUUCCCCCCUUCAUUCCCCUGGAGAGACUGUCCGAGCAGAGCCACCUGCAGACGGACGUAAGGGCUUUCCUGGACAUCCUCAGCCAGCACCUCAACGCCUACGUGGGCCGCAAGCAGCAGCUUAACAUCGUAAAGAAGUUCCACAAGUCUGUUGAGGUAAUGGAGAGCAACGCACCGUGUACUGUACUAGUGUUGAUGUUGACGGUGCCUGAAGAUGCUCCUCAGGCUUUGCUCUGUUCCCUGGAGUAUGGAGACCUGACACGGUGCCUGCCAACACACGCCAGUGUAGAGGCUGAAGACAAGGUGCUGCCUGAUUCUCUGCAACUGGAGAAAUACCGUGCCCUUCUCUUGGAGUUCCCUGUCCACACAGCCUUGCAGACCAUGCAAAAAAUGGGAAUGAUCCUUUAAUCACAACCCAUCUGUUUGUUUGUUACAUAAGUUUGUUUAUUUCAAAAAUUCUGCUUAAACACGUCAGAAAAGUGUUGCAUGCCACAAUGUGUAUAGGCAAGGACCACAUCAGACAACUUACUGAAUAUAUUGUACACGGUUGUGUUAUAAUAAAGGAUAAAUCUGUUAAACCUG